AUGGAGCGUCCUUCUCUUUCCGUGGCGAUAUUCCUUGUCGUCCUCAUGCUUGCUCUUGCUCUGCUGCCCAGCAACAACAUCGACCAGGCACAGGCUGCAGCUGCAAAAGCAAAACGCAGCGGCGCGCCGGAGCGUAUCCUCCUACCCCUGGUGGGCCGCGACGGCGACAAGAUCACCCUGGCCCUGCAGCCCCACGACCUCUCCCUCGCCGGCUUCGCCAACGGGAGCCACCACUGGUACGCCUACCCGGGGUAUGAACACGUGAUCCGCAAUAGCACGACGCUCCCGUUCGGCAACACCUACCGCGACCUCAUCAGCGGGCAGGCGAACCUGCCGAGCCUAUGGUCCCGCCCGCGCUUCGCGCCAUAG